GUAAUCUUGGUGCUUUAGCAUACCAAGACAUUUUAGAAAAUGCUAUGCUUCCAACUUUGUGGGAACAUUUUGGGAAAGCCCCUUUUCUAUCCCAGCAUGACUGUACCUCAGUGAACAAAGCAAGAUCCAUAAAGACAUGGUUGGAUUAGUUUGGUGUGGAAGAAAGUAACUGGCCAUCACAGAGCCCUGACCUCAACCCUAUCAAACAUCUUUGGGAUGAGCAGUAAUGGAGAUUGUGAUUUAGGACUUCUCAUCCAACGUCAGUGUCUAACCUCACAAAUGCUGUACUGGAUGAAUGGGCAAAAAUUCUCACAGAAACACUCCAAAAUCCUGUGUUAAUGAUUCCCAGAAGAGUGGAUGCUGUUGUAGCUGCAGAGGUGGAACCAACUAUCCUAUUAAUGUCUGUGUAUUUAGAAUGCAAUGUCAUAAAAGUACCUGUUGGUGUAAUGGUCAGGUGUCCCAAAAUGUUUGUCCAUAUAGUGUAUAUCACAUUGGUGAUAAUUAUUGCAACCAUAGGCCAUGCCAUUUGUUGGCUUAUUCAUAAAACAUCAAAGUGUAACUGGGAGGUUCUUUCUGCUCUCCCUGUCAAUCAAUUUUUUGGCAUAGAGCAUGGUUCAGCAACCUAUGGCAUGUGGGCCAUGCAUGGCACUCGAGGUGCUUUUGCACUGCACUCAAGGCUGCCAGAGCAAAACAGACUCUGGGAUAUCAGGAGUCCUAGUGGGACUUCAGAUAUCUGCUAGUGCAAACCAAGCAGUGAUUGCAAGUGGUGAGGGACAAUCCUCAAUCCUCAUUACAGCACUUAGAGGAAGUGGUCUCAGAUCACUUCUUUCCAGACUUGUGAAUGGGAAUCUGCACUGGAGUAGAGCAGCCCACAAGAGCUAUCACAACUUCUGCCGCUGACCUGUACCUGGCCAGGCCAGUCCCUAGUGAACCCAAUGGAAGCCACCCACACUCCUAGAUAUACACAAAGCUGCGAAGAAGCCUCCCUCUCAUGCAAAUAAUACAAACAGCCCACACACAAAUACACACACACAGUCACUACAAACACAACACCACUUUCAAUACAUAUACAUGCACACAACCACACAAGCAGCCUCUCACGUGCAAUAAGACAAGUAUCCCCACACAUACACACACCACCAAAGAAACUAUGUGACAUAUGAUUCACACACACAAUUUCUCAAGCAGCCCCCAUACACAGCCCACAUUCUAAGGUAUCAUACACAAUAGCACAAGCUACUCAUAAACAUGUACAAUAUAACAGCCCGCACACACACACACACAAAUACAACACUACAAAGCAACUGCAGCACCCAAAAAUAACACAACCAGAAUACGGCACCAUACACCAUAAAAAAUGGGACUUCAAGAUCUUGUUUUGGCACAGUACUACUGAUCGGUUGCUUACCUCUGGCAUAGAGUCUAUGCCAAAGAAUUGAUUGACAGGUGAGUAAAAAAAACUAUUUUUAAAGAGGUUUUCCUCCAAAUCUAUACAUUUGCUUGCAAAACAGCUAGCACAAUGUAAAGAUGAAAUUCCAUGUUCUUUCUAAAGAGCAUACAUGGUUUGGGGAUUGACAGGUCACCUUUCAAUAGAAAAUGGUGAAAGAGAGCAACCUAUCUUUUGGUCUUUUUCUCCCCUUUUAUCUGCUUGGAUGAUUAUGGCAGAAUUGUUUUAUGCUUCUCUAUUUUACAUGUAUCCAUGCAAUAAACAGGAUCUGUGUUUUUCCACAAAAUUCACACGCCUGCUUUAAACCCUGCUGUGAAGGUAUAUCUGCUUGGCUUGGUCUGUUCAUUACGGUGAAACCAUAAUAACUAAAUGGAUAAAUGAUGUCACUGCUAGGUUAUCAAGACAUUAAUAACACUGUGAUGUCACACUGUGCGGAGUGUCUCUGUGAAUUACGGGAUCCCUACAUUCAGAACUCCCGUAUUUUCCAAUAAUAUAUCUGGCACCAUUGCGUAUCAGUAAUUUUUAAAAGACAUUCAUUCAGUUUAUUAUAUUCUACUGUGAUUCAUUAUUAGAUGAUGAAUUCAACCUUUUCUUUAUAACGCCUGAAUUUCAUUCUUGUUUAGACCUGUGCACAUCUAAAAAAAGGGGUAAUAUUCAGAAAUCAGGUUGAGUUUAAAAUUUAAACGUUACGAGACAAGACGUUGUAGUGAAUCUUCCGACAUUAACUUCCUUGACCUUUUGUGUACAGGAGAAAGGCGUACAGCAAAGUAGAGAUUAAUAUAAAGUAUGUCUUUCCAGCAACCAGAGGAGUUAAUUUAGCCCUGAUUUUUGUGAUUUGAGCUCAGAGCUCCAAGAAAUAAACUUCAAAGUUUUCAUAACCUGAUUUUAAAUGUUAAUGAAUCGCUUAGUGUGUCUGUAAAAAUGUCACACAAGUCUUGAUGUUGCUAUCUGUAGAAUCAGUUGAUGUUCUUCAGUUUCCACCUAACGUAUCAUUUCAUGGAUUCCGUUUCAGUUGCUGACGUUUACAUUUUGUAAAUGUCUGUGAAUUUUGUAGGCAGUGAUAUAACUGGCUGACCUCUCAAGCCAUUAGGAUAAUGAGAGGAAUACACACGAUUGUCCUUAUAGAUUACCAUAUCCAAUUUAUCACCUCUGCCGGGUGCUAUGCCAAGCUGCAUUAUUAUUUAUUAUUAUUAUUACUGGUAUUUAUAUAGCGCCAGCAUAUUCCGUAGCGCUUUACAAUAUUAUCAGGUGGGGAGAUUUAACAAUAAAUGAGACAAUUACAAAAACUUACAGGAACGAUAGGUUGAAGAGGGCCCUGCUCAGAUGAGCUUACAUUCUAUACCAAGUGUUACAAUUAGUUCUGGUCAGAGGAAACUGGCUUUUUACAAUUGUUGUGUUCCAGAGAUGCGUGGAUGACAGUUUUGUAUUCUCAUGUUUAAGUUGUAAUAUUGCAGAAUUUAGCCCAUUGACUGCUGUAUGUGCUAGCCUUUCAAGACCUCUCUGCCACUGCCUGGAGAAAUGACUAGGAUAUUACUGCGUGUGUAAUAUCAGCAUAUAUCCCAAGUAACCCUAGUUUGGAGGGACAGUCCCUAUUUUGGGCCCAAAUCUCUGUCCCUCUUUUUUUAUCCCAAUGUUUCUCUAUUCCAUGAGUGCCAUAUUGUUUGCUUGUCUGAGUGUCUAACAGCACUUUACAGCAAUAAUACUCACAGUAUGUGUUUAGAAAUCAGUCUGUGUAAAUAAGAAACAUUGUCCUUGUGCUAAAUUACAUUUUAGUUGCAUAAAUUAUUAGAAUGUCACCUAAAAUUUUUCUCAACAUCCCUGCCGCUGACCACACCCCCAGUCACACCCUAACAUUAAAGUGUCCCUCUUUGUCCAUGUGAAAAGUUGGUGUCAGAAUCGUGUGGAACCAGAACACACAGACUGAUUCAUAAUAAAUAGACUUUCUGUAUACCGGUCUUUAGAAUGUCCGGAAUAACAGACAAACAGAGUCAAUAAGGAUAGCCAAAGUAAAAUUAGGAUAAACGUUAAAUAAGCUGAGGUCAAAGGAUCACAAAAGACAGGAACAAUGAUGAACCGGAACCAGAAUAAUAACCACAGAAGACUAUAACAGUAACGCAUUAUUGGGCUAGCAAGCACCACAACAGGGCAACGAGGAAUGGGAGUGGUAAGUCUUAACUCUCAGUGGUCCAAGUCAGCUUAGAAUUAUGAAUUCAUGGACGGUAAUUGAAUUUUCUUGUGUGACCUCUGAUGUCAUAUUUGUGCGCCGAAUUCGGUUUGGCGAAUGCGGAAUUCAGGACCUCAUUCAGUCGCACAUACACGCACGCUGUGCGCAAGCGCGAAGUGUCAGACAGAACGUCAGAGGGACCAGGGAAGUGGGCAGCAGACCAGAGAGGUAAACGGGUGGCAGGCCUGACAGUUGAGAGGUAUCUACUAGCAGUCUACCAGCAGUCUGGGACAUCAUUAUAGCAGUAGGUUGGGUAAAAUUCAGGUUUAUUUUUUAUAAAAGGGCAUAUAGAACCGAUCAGAAAUAUGCAUGCAAACUAAACAUUGUACAUAAAUAAAGGUCAGUUGGUUCUGUGCUGUUUGUUUAGCUCUCCUAUCCUAGAUGAGCACACUAAAUAUACUAUCAGAUUUAUUGUAUGUAUUUUGUGUAAUUUCAUAUUGCAGAGCAAAUGAGUAGCCUGCAGUCUGCAGUUCUAAACACAGUAAAUACUAAGUAACACUUCUCUUUGCUGCAAAUCCUGGCAUUCUUUGUGGAUCCACCUUUUAAUGCCUGAGACUUCAUGCUUAGCAUUGUGGGAUUGAUCCAUGUUCAGCAUGGGAGCAUUAACACAGCCCAAUGAUAGGAAGUAAACGUCAAUUGAUUAUACAUUUCUUUAUACAUUUACUGGAAAUGUUGCUGGCGCCAUGAAAGUUAAAAUGUUGAAAUGUCAUAGAUGAAAUAUUAUGAUCUGCUAGAAGACAACAUUAACUACAGAUUUAAAAAGUCUACCAAGUAAUGUAAGAAUGUGUUACUACACUGAAAAAGUGAUGGAUGCUUACCCUUCCGGAAGAUGUGAUUGAGUUUAUUGGGACACUUUACUGGGACACUUAGAAGUACUGCAGCUAAAAAUAGAAUUAAAAAAAGACACAUGCCUUUAAAGUUUCCUUCAAUAAACCUUCAAGCAGACCCCAGACCUCCUGGUCCUCUCAUCACUUAUAUAUUACUGUGGCUGCUAUUAACACAUAGCCCAUUUCAGUUUAGUAACUUGGACUACAUGCACUGAUUGAUAUACAGAGCAGAGAAUGAAAGCCGCUUAAAUUGCAGCUCUGAGGAGCGGGCUUGGUGCCAUCACCUUUGUUUUUAUGCCAAGCUGUGAUGAUGCUCAGAUUGACCCUUUAAUGGGACCAGUGGAAGAAAGUAUUUUUGGGCCCCCUCUCUAACCCAAGGUUGGCCAAAAUGUAGAUCCUCAGCUCCCACAAUGCCUUGCCAGCAGGGGAUCUACAGAGCCUUAAGGGCCCCACGAUCGACUGCACAGUCAGAGCUGUGGAACUACAGACUCUCUCUGCUCACUUCAAAGGGCAGCUACAAGGCCCGUAAACUGUCUUGUGCCAUGGUACAGUCACACCGGCUGCAUCGCUGGUAGUUUUGUAUCUGAAAGGGACACUCCAGACCCCUAAAAUACUUUAUCUUGCUGGAAAGCUUAAUGUGUGAAGAGUAUGUCCUCUUUUUUCAUUUUAUAAAAAAAGCAGAUUUCCAUGGAAAUUGGCACUUUUAUAAAUUAAACUAGUUACACCCUCCUUGCUGUCAAUCAGACAACCGUCCCUGUUACUUCCUGAUUUGGUUAGCUCAGUAGGGCUAAACUCAAGAGGUACCAAUUGCUCAGAGCAUCUGCUUUGCAAAAAACUUCUCAUUGAGCUGCAUUGGGAAGGCUGUGAUUGGACAGCCACAUAAAGUCUGGGUGGAGUUAGAAGGGGCAGGCUUGCAAAUUUUAGCUAUACCCCAAUGAGAAAAUCCAUCAUUAAAAAUGCAUUGUUCCCUAAAGCCUCAAUAAGUGCCAAGUAAUAUAAAAGUAUUGGACUAAAUAUUCUUGGAUUUCAAAUAGAGUAAACCUGACUGCAUUUAUGGGCACACUAGUCUAGUAACUAGGCUAGUAUUCCAGCCACCAUGAUAAUGCAGUUACCAUGGGGACAGGGAACAGUUUUUCUAAAAAAAACACUGACUGUGAUAUUUUUCUACUCUUGAAACAUUAUUGCAUUAUGUAGCCAAACAGAAGCUAAACAUUAAUUGUCAAAAUAAGAACAUUAAAUAAAUGAAAUUGAAGUUUAUUAUAAAUGAUAGCCACACGUCCCUGGAAGUAUCUACUUUUCCAAUCGGAUAUAUAUCACCAUCAAAUGUUAUCACUCCCAUCUGUAGGAAAUCAUAUGGCACAGUCAUAUGGCAGAUUGGUGCAGACCUGUUGAUGGCUACAUGAAAUAAAUAAAUGUAUUGUUUUCAAGGUUUCUUUUUCUAAUAAGUCCUACUUUACAACAUUAUAAUAUGUUCAUGAAAUAUAUUUAAUGCCGUUAGAGUGGAUCUGUCACUUUCUCAAAUCCUACAUCUAUCAGUUAAGUAUUUUUUUUUUAAAAAAUCUCUACGAUGGCAUUCAUAGAUUCAAUUAAUGGCAUCUCUGGUGCUGGACUGAUCAUUUUAAUAAUGCAUGAAAAUAUAUGCAAAAAUACUAUAUUGAGAGUAGUAAAAUAUAUACGCCCACAACGAAGUCAGGGCAUUUGCUGCCAUUCCCCAGGCAUUGCAUUUUCUGCAGUGAACUCUGCCCAGCCCAUGAACUGACUCAGCCAGUCAGGUUGGAAGGGUGGAGCAGUAAGAUGAGGCUUAUGUAAUAAAACUUAUUUUUAUAAAAAUAAAUAAAUAUAUGAAUAAAGAAGAUAAAUCAUUUAAAAAAUACCAGUCAAAAACAAAAACAAAAAAACUAAUUGCUUUUUUUUUGCCAUUUCAAUAUAUGUAUUUGUCUUAACAGUAAAAGAAGCCAUCUUACCUUUGUUUAAAAACAUGAUUUUUUUUGCCCGGCGACCAUAGAUUAAGGAGUCAUGGGAGGAGGGUUAAAGAAUUAUGAAUGUAUACAUACACCAUGAAUGUAUCUCUUAAACAGCUCUAACUUGAUGUAUAUCCAUUAUAUUGCAUACCAUCCUGACAUGUUACUAAACACUCAGCAAACAUAUCCUGGAGGAAGUCUUAGAGGCCUGACAUUACCCAGUCCAUCCCGUAGCUUCAAGGUCAGAUCUGUCAAGUUCCCAGGCAUGGUGAAUUCAAUGUAAUAAAGAAAACGCUGGAUGUUUCUGAUUCUUAGUGCAUUCUGCUUUGUGUCUGUUUGGGUUUUUCUAUUCCGAAAUCAACACUAAAUUCUCUUUUCUGACAGGUAUCGUUUAUUUCUCUUCCUUAUCUCCAUAGUAAUAUGCUUUGUUGUGACCAACUCCUUCCUGCUGACGUGCUGUGUGCCCAUGUUGAUAAUGGGCUUGAGGUUUUACUACAGUAGGAAAAUUAUCCUCAAUCACCUGGAGGGUGCACACCAUACGGACUUGACUGAUAUUCAUCAAUAUUACAUGAAACAGCCAGGUGAGUAUAAUCCCCCAGAGUGGAACAGCUACGUACCUGUCCACCCAGCCACCAGAUAUUAAUUUCUUGCUUUGUGUCAUCACAGGGAGAUCAUGCAAAAAACUCCCAGUUUUCUUUUACUGUUGGGUUUGUUUGUUUUUCUUGUAAUAUGGAAAAUCCAUGCAUGCUCUUCUGUAUAGGUUCGAAUAACCUGGUUUUGUGGUUAUGUUUUGUGUAUAUCUGACUUCAAGUUAAAGCUGAACGCAAUGGCAUUUCUCGGAAGAUCAAUACACAGUGAAGGUAGGUUUACUUUUCCUCUAUAUUAUAUAUUUUUUCAAAUGGGCAGAAUUUUAACUGUUAAAAUAUGUGGACGGUGGACUUUGGUAGAUGUCAUGUGACCAACAUAGAUACUCAGAUGACUCCCUGAAAUGGUCAUUAUUCUUAACUUUGAUACAUCAUACAUUUUGCUGUACGUUCUUUUCAAAGAAAACUAAAACAGAUUUUACAUUAUAAUAAAUUAAGCACAGUAGCACCUUAUACUAUAGAUCAGUGGUUCCCAGACAUUUCAAGUUCAAGGCGCCCUUAAUAUUUAAAUAUUUUCCCAAGGCGCCCCAAGUCAAAAAUACCUAUAGGUUGUAUACAUGUACAGUGCUGCAGCAUAUACCUGGCCCCUGUUCCAGAUCCAUAACCUAAUCUCAGGAGAGGCACUGGGGGAUUAUUUAAAGAAACAGUCCAGACACAAUAACCACGCUGUAGUGGUUAUGGUGCCAGGAGUGCCGUGGUGCCCUCCCAGGGUAAGUAGUCAAACUGUUUAAGAACAGUUUGACAACUUACCUGUGGUCUGCCAGGAUAGGGGCUGUAAUAGGGUAUAGGGACAGUGGUGUGUGUGUGUGUAUAUGUGUGUGUAGUGCAGUGUGUGUACGGGGGUGCAUUGUGUUUGUGAAGGAUGUAGUGUGUGUGUGAGGGGUGCAUUGUGUGUGUGUUUGUGAGGGGUACAGUGUGUGUGUGGGGGGCAGUGUGUGUGAGGGGUAACGUGUUUGUGUGGAGGCAGUGUGUGUGAGGGGUACAGUGUGUGUGAAUAGGGGGCAGUGUGUGUGUAUAGGGGCAGUGUGUGUGUAUAGGGGCAGUAUGUGUGUAUGGGGGAGAAUUAUUGGGGGUCUGUGGGGUUGGAGGGUAGAUUAAUAAAUAUAUAUAUUUUUUUUAAAUAAAAAAAAUAAUAAUUUUGAAAUCCCCCCUCCCUGAUUACCUUUGAAUUGGAGGGGGACAGUACAAGGCAAUCCCUGGUGGUCCAGUGUAUGAGCCCUGGUUGUCCCAGUGGUGAGAGUGAACUCUAGCAGCCUCAGGAGCUGCUAGAUUUAACUCUCGCGAGAUUCGGAGAGUUGCCAUUUUAACUGCGGCAACGCUCCGAGCUAGCAAGAGAAAAUAUGGCGGAGCUGCAGGUUAGAGCUCCCACAGGUCCUCUCUCCCUCCCCUGCCAGCUGCCAGCAUUACACUGCUAGCGGGCCAGUGAGGGAGAUCUCUGAUCUUCGGUCCUGCAGAGCCAGCAGGGGAGAGGGAGGCACAGUUCCCGGUGAUAUGAUAGUAUGAUCAUAGCACCGGGAAAAUGUUUUGCGGUGCCCCGAUUUUGCGGCGCACAAUUUGGGAACUGCUGGUAUAGAUUGUUUGAUCAACCAUUUCCCCCCCAAUAUCACAUUUGAUAUCAAACAUACAGGCCACUACCAUUAUUCGUAUGUAGGAGGAAUUCACUUGGUUCCAGAGGUACAUCUAUCAAUUAAUCACUAUGGAGAUACCACUGAAACAACAUAUUCCUUUCAAGCAGUAUGCUUCCAGGCAGAUCCCUUCAUGUAUCUCCAAGCUAUCUUAUGUCAAGCAUUACUGCUGAUUUACAAUUGAUGGUAAUGCAAUUGUUUGUUCCUUCAGUAGGCAACUUUCGGCACUUUGGAUGUUGUAGAAUACAUGUCUCGUAAUGCUUUGCCAGCAUUAUAGGUGUAACUGCAAUAAGGGAGAUAAAGUCCACAACAUCUGGGAUGCUGAAGAUUGCCUACCCCAACAGUAGAUCUAUGUAAGUAACAGGCCAUAAAAUGUGCUUGUAAUUUCCAAAUGCAGCAAGGUAUCCAUUAAGGGUUUGAGCGAUGGCUAACCUUGUACAGAGAUGUUUAUACACUUAAUUUCCCAUAAUGCUCAGUCAUAGGAUGUGCAGCUCAUAAGUGGCAUGGAGCAGAGGUUACCAAUGACUGGAAUAAUUGUGUCACGCUAGUAUUAUUUGCAGUUUAGAGUUGUAGCGGACCCAGUGUAACCCGACCGGUUACCUCCGCUAAUUCCCUUCCUUCAGCCGGUCAGGAACCAUUUACAGUAUCAAGAGACCCAUUUCCCUCCCUCCCCCCCCAAUAACUGGACGACACACAGUCCUGGAGGUACAACACAAUUUUAUUGGCCACACACUGCUUUUAUGCAUAACCCCAUGCAAGUACACAUCCCAUGACUCUCCCCCUCUCUGUGGUCCCAGCGUGGGAAGGGACUCUUUUCCCUUUGUCCCCAAAGACCUCCACUAAAUCUAAAGGGUUCCCCACACCAACCGCCAGGAGUCCCUGUGCUUGGGAGUCUAGGCACAGGAAUAACGGUCCAUCCCUUUGUCUCCUAGGCACAGAAAAGCCCGUCUGCGGGAAAAGAGCUGGUCUCUUUGUCUGUCAGGCUCAGGAGAGCCUGCCAAAUUCACCAGUGCUCCUAAAGUGCCCACACCAAUCUCAGGGACCCUCGCCUCGGUUCCUCAAUCCCGUUUGUGAGGUCCUGGUGUGAAACCCAGACAAGGGAAGCAUCUCUUUUCGGGGUAUGAAUGCUCCCCCUGGCUGGUGUUCAUCUAUACGAAUGGCGAGCACUCAUUGAUUACUUUCACACCUAUGUUGCGAGUGCGAAUGUUCUGAUUAAUUGCUGUGAACGUCCUAAUGGGGCACCGGGGAGGUCCUUGUUCGGGAAAUAAACGAGGCAGUAAACAAUCCACAAAUGCUCCCCCUGGUGGCAUUGGCCUGUGGGAAUGGUGGCCACCCAGGGAAGCACUCCUUAAUUGUUUCCCUUGCAAUUUGUGGUUUUGACACUUAUGCUGCAAGGUGUGAACAUUCUAACCUAAAUGAGGUAUUGGGGUGGUCCUCAUUCGGGAGGUGAAUGAAUUCCCUUCAUGGAAGCACUCCCGAAUGGGGAGCGGGCACAAUAAGCGAACACAUAGGGGAAACACAUGAAAAAGAGAAGAGGCAAUUCACGAACAGCAGCGGUUCUGCCACAAUGUAAUUGAUAGUACUUUGCUAAGCAGACAAGUAUCAGUCAUUUCCUAACAUAUAAUGACUAGCCCAUACUAUUUCAUGAAAGCAUGCCUUUAAAAUAUACUGCAGUAUUAAGAACUUGCCAAGUAGCUAGAGGAAGGGUCUUUGUUCAAACCCGAUCAGUCUUGUUUGUGGCACAUGACGAGCUUGGGAACAUUGGUGUAGUGGAAAACAAAAACAAGUAACGUCUUACUGAUAUUUUGUUAAUGUAUCAGCCAUUAAUUCUACAGUUGCCAAAACACACAGAUUCUGCAACUGUAGUGAUUAGUACACACAGAUCUGCAUCUUUCAUAUAGCUAGUAAAUGUAGCAUUUUACCUAAUGUUAGGAAAUGGGAAGUGUUUUCUUUUUCAUUUUUGUAUUCUGUGUGGCAGUCACGAGAGAGAGAGAACAGCCAGUUGCUGUUUAAGUGAGGUCUUGGGGACGACUCAAAGCAUCGCCUUGGGAAUUAGACUUGCUGGGCUAAUGCCUCUUAGUGGCUGUGAAUUGUUUCCAGCCAGAGUGGGUUGAAUUAAUUCUGUUAUGCCAGACCUACGUUUGAUGGUCUGCAUUCAACUUGUGUAAGGCACAUGUAGUAGACUGUCAUGCAAGGCACAUGUGGGAGACUGUCCACUCAUCUCAUUUAUUAUUUCAGCAAUUUUAUACUCUUCCUCUGUGGCAGCCAAAUAUUGCCGGCCUGGUGCCAACUUCAGUUCUGUGGUCCUAGCCUGUUUAUGCUAAUGCUUACUAUUGUGUCUCCUUAGUUACCCAAAAAAAGUGGUUUGCAACUAAUGCAGUUCCUGCUACCAAAUUAAUAUAUGAAAUAUGUUGGCGCUCCCCAUGAUCCUGAUCUAUUACUUUACAAAAUAAGAUGUCCUUAUUUAUGCAAGUCCUGCCUAGGAUUAUAUUUUACUAUAUGAUGGUUACAUGCUGAUAUUGCAAUCCAGGUAUUGCCUGCUACCAUCUCAAUAAAAAUGUAAAAAUAUGUAUGUAUUAUUUCUAAAUCGCUUAAUUCCAAUUGGAAACCAGCUCAAGUUCACUGUCUAAUGUCUGCCAUUGUAAAGUCUCUUUUAACAUGUCCUUUAUUUUUUAGAGGAUGGUGGCAGGGGGCAUCACACAUAUAAAUGUUUAGACCAGUUUACUGAAAAAACAAUUUGUAAAUCAACAGUAAGCAAUAUGCUAAAAUAGUCUUGCAUUUAGUUGUGGUCCAGCUAGUUGGACAAAAUGAUUGCCAUGGACUUAGCUGAAAUGUUAUCAAUCUACAGAGAGUUAAAGGUAAUUUUGUGCGAGCAAUGUAAAAAUAAAAUAAAAUAUAGGGUUUCAGUCAUACGCUUGCUAUGGUCUUAUAGAGGGGCUGGGGAGGUUUGAAUGUAAAGCCCUCCAGCCCACAGAUCUUUUUUUGCAGCAAUUACCUCCAUGGGCUGGUGGAGAGAUCAACGAUUGCAUCUCCAGCCUAUUGCACCAACUACUGGAAGGAAUGGUGACCCUCUUCUGGGUUGCUCCCAUGAACUCCUGGCAGUUCAGAGCGUUGCUGUGGGUUACCAUGGCAACAUUCUGAUACCUUUAUUCCAGAGCUCGCCAGAUCCAUUAUACAAGUAUUACAAAAACGUACCCCCCCUUGUGCGUAGCUCAUCUUCAAUAGUGGGUCUUAACAUAACUGACAGAUUAAUAUUUUACUUUGUUUUACCUUGAAUAAACUGCAGCGUUUCAAUUAAAAUUAAAAAAUGUGUGUUUAGGGCUCUGUUGCCCUUUCUCCUGGUUGUUCACCAUAUUGCAUUAUUGCAUAACUAAUGUUCACACUGCAGAUAUACCAAGGGCUGUACGCAGUGGCGUACAUACCGCAGUCGCAGGGGUCGCAGCUGCGACCGGCCCGUCACUCCAGGGGGCCCGGCUGCCCUGUGGACCCCUGCGACCGUGUAUCAGCUGCCACGUUUUGCGGCCCCGGCCCGCAUGGUAAUCCGCCGGGGCCGCAUGUUAAGAGGUCCAUUGGAUGGCCCAUGCUUUCAGGGCCACCCGAUGGAUAUGGAUUGUAAGGGGGCCCGGUCGCGCUGUUAAAGCACCCAGCGCUGACCGGGCCCCCUGUGAUGACAUCCCACUGAGCUGGGAGGAAGCGACUUCCUGGUCACUUCUCCCAGCAUACAGAGGAAGCAGGAAGGAGGAGGGCGUCAGAGUGGGAACUCUGACUCCCAUCAGGCUGAGCCACCACUGGACCCCAGGGAAAUUCACAAAAGGUAGGAAAUAUUUUGUGUAUGUGUGUGUGUGUCUCUGUAUGUUUGUGUGUCUGUUUUGUGUGUGUCUGUCUGUGUAUGUGUGUGUGUCUCUGUAUGUGUGUGUGUGUCUGUGUCUCUGUAUGUAUGUGUCUGCAUGUGUGUAUGUAUGUGUCUGUGUGUGUGUGUGUAUGUAUGUAUGUGUCUAUCGGGGGGGUGUGUGUCUGUAUGUAUGUGUGUGGGGGGGCCCACAGUCAGGGGGGAGAGGGUCAGGGUAGAGGGGGAUGGGGGAGGGUGGCCCACGGAUCAGUUUCGCACCGGGGCCCCAUGGAUUGUGUGUACGCCACUGGCUGUACAACUAUAUUUUACAUGCUAUUAGAUCUACCGCUGGAAUCAGUGCUACAUGUCUUUACAGGAUCUGAUUUAAACAGCGAUGCGGAAUGUGAUGGCGCUUUUUCAAUAAAGUAUAAUAUUAAGAAGGAUGUAAUAAGUAUUUGGACGGUAUUUGUAAAACAAGCAGGAUUCAGAGUGGUGCUCCUUAAAACCUUUCCAUUUUCCUCCUGCAUUGGAUGCAAUAAGAAUUAUUUACUUAGAAAGCUAAUUUAAUUUACAAGAUCUUAGCCAGAUACACAUUUAGCAGAGCGCUUUAAAUUGUGUUAAAAGACAGAAAGUGUAACAGAGCUCAAAUAAAUUACAUUUGUAUAUUCCAUGUAAUGAUUUUUCUGUUAUGACACUGAAAAAUAUUGACUUUUUGUUAUAUAAUCUCAUUUAACAUGCAAAUGGUUAGAUUGAUGUCAGGACUGUAGUACUCAAAGUUACAAGGGGGCUACUUACUACAACCUUUUAUGGAGAAAUACCCCCGCAGGUCUAAAAAAAAUUACUACGUAACCCUGACUCGAGAAAGUAAUUUCUAUUGAUUUAAAUUCCAAAUGAAAUGUGUAUACACUGAUAUUUCAGUUAAUGCCAUACUGGAAAACAAGCCGAAUUAAUUAAGGAUAUUUUAAUAUAAUGUGAAUAUUGUGUAUGUUGGGAGGAGUUUAUCAACUAUUAAUCUGAAGUAUAAAAGUUCCAAAAUGAAAAUAUAAUACACAUAUAAUAGUUACACACAGAGGACAAUGACACACACACAUUUACACACAGAGGACACUGACACACACACAGAAAACUCUGACACACACAUUUAUACACACAGAGGACACUGACACGCACACUUACACACAGAGGACACACUUACUGACGGACAUACUCUCACUGAUUUGAUACACACUGACAGACACACUUACACACACACACACACACUCACUGACAGACACACACAGAGGAUACUGACACACACAGUCACACAGAGGACACUGGCACCUAUGAUUAUGCACAGCUUACACAGACACACACAUUUACGCAAAGUGGACACUGACACACACAUUUACACACAGAGGACACUGACACGCACACUUACACACAGAGGACACACUUACUGACGGACAUACUCUCACUGAUUUGAUACACACUGACAGACACACUUACACACACACACACACACUCACUGACAGACACACACAGAGGAUACUGACACACACAGUCACACAGAGGACACUGGCACCUAUGAUUAUGCACAGCUUACACAGACACACACAUUUACGCAAAGUGGACACUGACACACACAUUUACACACAGAGGACACACUAGCUGACAGAUACUCUCUCUAAUUUGACACACACUAACAGACACUGACAAAUGGCAGAGGUGUUGAUAAAAUACAUAUGAACAAAGUAAAAUACAAAUCUAGUGUCGGUGUGUUUAAGGGUGCUUACAGAAGUUUAAAGAAAUCUCUAAUCUUUAAUUAAUUAAAUUCCCUUAGCUGCUAACCACUACUUUGUGUAAAACCUUUAAAUACUUAAAAAUAUACAAAGAUAGUGAGAUUGUAUUGUAGCACUUAAAGAGUUCAAAGGGCGAAUAAACCAACCAAUUUUGGUUGGCACCAGGCACAAGAGGGAAGGAGUCCCCCCAUAAGAGAGACUAGGGCCGGUGCAAGGAUUUUUGUCGCCCUAGGCAAAAUAAACAUUGCCGCCCCUCCCCCCAUGACAUCACAAUGCCCCACCCAUAUGAUCUGCCAUAUGAACUAACGCCAGUGCUGCACACAGUGUGUGUUUACAUUAAAAAAACCUGCAGGGACCGGCUAUAGACACCAGAACCACUUCAUUAAGCUAUAGUGUCCCUUUAAUGUGAGGUAAAUUAAAGAUUAGUGUCACUAAUAAUAUACUAGAUUGCCUACUUGCAACCAGAUGAGGAUGAUGAUGGGCUGCAGCUUGGCUCCACUGGUCUGGUGUAGAACAGGGUCUCUGGAGGCUGUUUGCAACUGUGGUCACAAAAUUCAAUGUUCUGGGAGAACGGGAAGCAGCUCCAUUUUUUUGGGGCCCCUUACACAGCUCAAGGUCUGGGCCCCAGGGCCUGACAGUGAGUAUGCCCAGAACGCUCACCCAUAAGUCCACUUACAUGUUCCACCCAUGAGUUCGCUCACAGGGAGUGGAGUGUGUAGGGGAUGUGUUAUGUGUUAUUGUAGAGGAUCUAAUGUGUGUGCUUAUGGAAUGUAGUGUAUAGGGAUACCAGUUUGUGUAGGUGAUGCAGUGUGUGUAGUGGAUGCAGUGUGUUUUUUUUGUAAGGGAUAGAAAACAGUGUGUUUGUGUGUCAGGGAUGUAUUAUGUGAAUCUGUGUUUGUAUGUGUAAGGGAUGCAAGGUGUGUUUCUGUGUAUGUAAUGGAUGCAGUGUGUGUGUCUGUAAGGGGUGCAUUGAGUGUGUGUAAGGGUGCACUGAGUGUGUACAAUUGUUUGUAUUUUUACAUUUAACUUAUAUUUAGAUGUUAAACUAUAUCUUCCAAUUUCCUGCUUUAGACGUGUAAUGUAGUCAGUGGGUUAGUUAGAAAUAUGACUAUGUCAUCAGCAUAAAGACAUAGUUUGGAGUCUAUUUUUAACAUGGAAACAAUUGAUAUUGGUGUUUUCUCUUAGACUGAUGGCAAACAGCUCUGCUGAUAAAUUAUAAAGUAGUGGAGACAGAGGACAUCCAUGUCUCGCUCCACUGGAGAGACUAAACCAAGAAGAGCAUAUGUUUAUUCUUAUUGUUCUAGCAGUCAGACAAAAUAAAUAGAGAGCCGUUAUGUCAUUCUGUAACCAAUUCCCCAAAACUAAGGCUAACAAAAUCUUAUUCAGAUAUUCCCAACUGACCCCUUCAAAUGCCUUUUCAGCAUCCAAUGACUGGGUCAGCAGGGGACGUCCAUCCUCUCAGCCUGAUCCAUAACAUCUAAUAGUCUUCUAGUAUUAUUAGCAGACGAUCUUCCAGUAACAAAGCCAACUUGUUCUGCAUGGAUCAAAAAAACGCAGAGGCUUCUUAAUUCUAUUAGCCAAUAUGCUGUGUAUAGCUUAAUAAGAACAUUAAUUGGUGAUAUUGUUAGGUAAUUGGUAACAUCUUCAGGAGUUUAUCUGAUUGGGAUGACAUAUAUCUUUAUGCUUUGUUGGCUGUUUCCUAUGUUAUAAUAUGUGUCUAGUUACCCCCCUCUCACUCCCUUUUAUAGUGGUUUGCAGACCAUUGGAAUUGCUAAGUAAGUGUAGAAAUGCUUCUUAUCUCAGCUUAAUAAGAGUCUACUUGUUAGACUAACAACGUAUAUUUUGUGAUCAGCAAAAUACUAAUAGUAAUAGUAACUACAUUGUUUACAUAGAUUUUCCGAAAGUGAAAAAUCACAUCUGUAUUAUUUUUGCCAGAUCAUAAAAAAAUAUAAAAUGUGUAAAUGUACUUUUGAAUGGACUACAUAACCACAAUGCAUCAUCUGUGAUCUAAGAAUACAAAGUGACACCAUUCAAUCUAAAUUUCACCUUCUAAACUGUAAGCUAAGAAUCUAGCGGCUUUGUAAUUAACACAAUUUAAUUGUGUCUAGUGUGUUGGAAUAAAAGAGAAAGUGAAUAUAAGUAUAUUUAUUUAUUUAUUUCUAUAUGUUCUUACAUAUUUAAACAAGGCUUAAGGUUAAUUUAGUUUAAUCUAAUUGAAAUAUUGGAUCAUUAGCAAUCGAUCUGUGCCAAUGUUUUAUAACCACCAAGGGAAUAGCCCUCUUUUUUAUCAUUUCCAUAUAAGCAGAUUUUAAUAAAAUAUUUAACGAAUGGAAAUAUUGACAUCAAAUAACAGUGUUUUCACUGAUACAGAGUGGCUUCAGGAAUUAGAUUUGAAAUCAAUAAAGCACUUGUUUAACGAUUUCUAAUUAUAUUCCAACUGUGGAUUUUUUUCUUGGCAUUUGUUAUUAGCAGACUGAUGUAAUGUGCCACCUUCUGCCAAAUAGGGCUUGUUAGCCAAAUGGCGUGAUUUUCUGUGUGUAAUUAAAAGAAAAAAAGAAUAAAAAAACAUCAGCUAUAUAACAUAGUGACAUAUUGUAAUGUAAUUUAUUAAUAGAGGUCCCAGUGAUAUGAAUACCAUAAAAUUCAUGAUUAUGUCUGAUGGGUAAAUUAUUUAUGUUUGAAGAUGAAAAGUGAAUAUGGACAAGGAAUAUAGAUUAACAACAUUUUGUUGUCUCUUAAAUGCUAAUAGUAAGUUCUACUAAAAUUUGAAAGACUAGGCAUGACAAGGGUGAUCUGGAGACUAAAGUUCAUUACAACAACUUGUCUGAAAAGCUGGUAAAUAGCGGCCCCUGAAAUAUUUGUGCACGGCAAACGUUUAGGGUAGUUUGAAUCAGUUCAUACAAAACUAAGUUUAAUUUCAGGCGAUUCAGGUUUUGUGAAUUUGACGUUUUGGUUCCAAAAAAAUGUUUUGGGAAAAUUCAUUCGAAUGAACCAAAGUGGCAUAACAAUUGGUCAAUCGGUGCGCUGCAAAGUAUAAAUAUUAUGCAUAUAUUUUGCAGUACACUCAUAGGUACGUUUUUGUGCCAUUUGGUUCACAUAUUAAGUGAAAAGAAGUAAUCAAAUUAUAACCAUCUUUUUUUUUGUUGAAAGGUGAGGCUGAGGGUUAAUAUGGGUUCUGUUUACUGAGUAACCAGUGAAGCAAAGAGUAUAAAGAAUGUGCAUGACAGUCCAGGCGAAUAUUAUCUUCAGUUAAUACGUUUUGUAUAACAAACUACUAGACGAUGAUUAUGCACAAUAUAUAACUAGGAAGCUAAGCUGUUAGAUUUUUCCGAACACUUGAGUUAUUUUGAGCCGAGCAUAUUUCUGAUGAAACAAUAUAUAAUUUGCCAGAAAUAUACGUCAUUUUGUAACUUAUUAAUGGCACAUUUUAAGACUUCCAGAAAUAUUAUUGGCAUAUGUAGAUUACCCUGUCUAACAUUGGACUACAGUUCUUAAAUGUUUUAUUUAGUUGUUCGUACGUAGCACUUUUAUCCAGAAUACAUUACAAAAUGUUUUCACAUGAUCACAUAUAUUGUUACAGAGUGAUGGAUAUAAAUAGACAAUUGACAAGGGAAUUAUAUAUUGUAGACCAAAAUUAUAAACUGAAAAGGUUUUUUUAUUUUUUACUUUGAUAAUGUUGUCCUAACAUUAUUACAUUAUUUCUUCAUAAUUUCUCGUUUACUACAUAAAGUUAAACUAAUGACAUUACUGGAAUGUUAGAACGUUAGAGAAGAUCUGUAGUCAUUGUUGCCCAGCUUGUUAGUUGGGAUACCUUAUAGUCAAUGAGUAAAAUCUGCUUUAAAAAGUGGAACAUAAGCAUUCAGAUUUAGAAAAGUUUAAUUUUUGGUGAAUUAGUCUUUAGAGACCUAAUCUUCUUAUCCUGAGACAUUUUGUCACUUUUAUUAGGAGAGUCAAAAUAUAAUUACACUGCACUGCAUGUUCCAUUUAAAAUAUAUUCUAGAUUCACAACUAGACUUAAUUGAAACUCUGCGGUGACUCUUGUCAAAUUAUCUGUUGCACAAGUAGUUCUGCAUCAUGUUCUUCAUUUUCCUCCUGAAGUUAGCUUUUGUUUUGUGGUGAGCUUCAUGGUUCUACAUGUCAAUGUUAUGGUCAAACGGAACAACUAAGGGAUAUUUAUUCAUAGACAUGAAGUGCCAAAUGUGUUGGAGCUACCGGCCAGUGUAAUUAAAAUCGCGUUGAUUGCAUUUUUGUGCCCUUGUGCUCUGUUAUCCCAUAACUAAAGUGUUUGUUACAUUUAUUUUGUUCCUUUUACUUUGUAUGUUUGUGUUGUUUUGUCAAUUUUGCUAAGUAAUUAUCUCUGCGUAAUCAGUGUUUAAACACCACACCUGAGACUGUGAUGAAUUGACAUAAGAUUUUCAAAUUUUAGUAAAAUUAACUGAGCUGAAAAUAUAUACAAGUUGAUUUUUUUUUUCUGUUUUGUCUAUUUUGUCCUUGAAUUUGCUGUUCCCUUGUCAGUUCUCUCCAGUUACGAAGUUUAGAGAUUAAAGUGUCCCAUAUGAUGCUAUUUAAAUAAUUGUUUUUUAAAUUAAGUUCUAAUAUAUAGGUAAUUCUACAAGGGGAGCUUACUUCCAGUCUCUUUAUUGAAAAGUAGACCAAUAUAUAAAAACAAAUGUGUUAAACACACUAAUAUUAUUCACCUAUAACAGUUACUUAUAAUUUGCUGAAUAUACCUCUACUAUGAGCCUCUACAAAACCAGAAUCUGGCCGAGGUCUCUUAGCCAAUCUCUUUGAAAUGAAUUGGAGAUUUAGAUAACAAUUCACAAGACCAGCUACGUGAUAUCACAGACCAGAUGGUUAGGACAGAUAUUUGGACCAAGCUUCUAACCAAGAUAGUUUGGGCAGUUUCCAAUACAUCUAUUAAAUACCUUUGCAGUAGCUAACAGGAAGAAAUAGAGGAACAUGGUUUUUAAGUAAAGAGAAUGGAAAAGGAAAAAAGAUCACUGUAAAACAUGUCAUUUAUUUAGAGUAAAAAUCUGAAAGAACUAGGUGCAUCCUUAUUAAGUCCAUUUGUGCUGACGAUUGAUUGCAGUCAUUGUAUAACCUCCAUGUACAGAUGUGGUUAUAGCAAUAGAUGUGAAAAACUAGGAUGUUGUCAUAAUGUUAUUUUAUUAUUGGAUAUAAUUAGUGUUCCAGUUUAUUCCUAACAUUGGAUCAUAGACGUGCACAGCCCAAUUAUUUGGAGUGUGCACACAGGAAUCCUUCCCCAUCUUCCCUGCCCCUAUUGUAAUUUUUUUUAAGUGAUAUAAUGUGUAUAUUUUAUUAUGUGUUGUGUGAGCGUGUGCCUUGUGUAGCUGUAGGGUGGCUGUAAGUGUUGUAGCUGUGUGUGAGUUGUGUAUUGUAACUGUCUGUGUGUGAUGUAUAAGGAUGGCUGUGUGUAAUGUGUGCGUGUAGCUGUGAGAGAUGUGUGUGGUUGCGUGUGGGUGGUAUGUGUGGCUGUGUGAGUAGCCGUGAGUGAUAUGUUUGGGCCACUGUGAGGAGUAAUGAUUAGUAAGUAGUGAGAUUGCAUGGGCAAGAUCUAUGCACUAAAAAAAAUGUGAUUUAGUCAAAAUAGUUUUUGGUGCUUAGACUGACAUUUUAAUUCACACUGCGCUCAAAAUGUAUAAUCCUUGAUUUAAAUUUAGUGUCAUUUAUAGAUUGCAAAUCAUAGCAUUGGACAGAUGUAUGAACCAAACAUCUCAAGGUGAUUUAAUGGUCAUUACUUGCGCUCAAUCUUUAAUAUUUAUGCCUACAUAAACACAAAUACACAUACAGCACACUGCAGUGAUUAUGGUGCGUGGAGAGUUAAUUUCAACUUACUAAAUUAUUUGCUAUAUAAUAUAGGUAUUGGGUAUCAAAAAAGCUCUAUUUGUCAUUUAAACAAAUCCUAUACAAUAUGUGUAGGUACACUUAAUACAAAAACGUAAAAUCAUAGUUAUACAAUCACGUAUCUAAUUCUACAUGUUGUGUUGAUUCUGAACUUCACUUUAGUCUUUAAGGGGUUAAAAAUAAUCUUCUAUAAAAUCAUAUGGAAAGUAAAAGCCUUCAGGGAAAGCAUGCAGACUACAUCGGAGACAGAAUGUUUUACAGAUUAGCUGCAGGUACCUAAUUAAACCACCAGGAACCUUUAUCAUUGACUAGUGCAGCUGCAUAAACGGUGCGGCAUUAUGCAGCCGCUCGGCUGCUGUUUGUAGUAGUAGACACAUUGAGAGUGAUUUGUACCCAGCAACGGAGACUAAAACAAUAUCACGAAUAUUAUCUUUUCUGGCAGAAGGUUUUCAAUAGUAUGUUUGCUUAUUCCCUAUAUUGAAUGGACAUGUUUUUGGGAUGUCAGACAAAUAAAAUUAAAAUUAGCUCCCUGUCUGUCAUUGGUAUAUGCUUUGUCCUUUCCUAUCAUUGAACAUGGUAAGUGGAAGUGAAAAAACAGAAAUAAUGUAAAGUGUGCGUUGACCAUCCCAGGACUCAACUCAUUCUAUUUGACCCCCUUGGUUAAGUAGGUCUCAGGGAGCAUACCGUGAGACUGAGGUGUAUGUAUAUUAGGAUUGGCACCUUUAUGGUUUAAGUAGGUCCCAGGAAUUUUACCUGGAGACUGAGGCAUAGGUGUUGACUUUUUUAAGGACUAGGAUCCUGUGACUCGGUAGGUCCCAGGUUUACAACUAAAGACUGAGCAGUGGCGGAACUGAAGGAGAGAGGGGCCUGGUGCAAGAAUGUUUUUGGGCCCCCUAUCGCAAGUAUGGAUAAAAAGGUAGAUCUAGAUCCCCCAUCUGUUGCACAAAUCCCACAAUGCUUUGCCAGCUGGAGAUCUAUUAAUUUCCCAUCCUUGCGGGGCUGUAUUUAACAGUGAGCAGUGUUUGUAUAUUUGUUUGUAGGGUUGUGUUGAGUGCUUUUAUGUACAGUUCCAUUUAAAAGCAGUGGUUUGUUUGUGUGUAGUGUUUGCGUUUGGAGUAAUGAUUAGUAAGUAGUGAGAUUGCAUGGGCAAGAUCUAUGCACUAAAAAAAAUGUGAUUUAGUCAAAAUAGUUUUUGGUGCUUAGACUGACAUUUUAAUUCACACUGCGCUCAAAAUGUAUAAUCCUUGAUUUAAAGUUAGUGUCAUUUAUAGAUUGCAAAUCAUAGCAUUGGACAGAUGUAUGAACCAAACAUCUCAAGGUGAUUUAAUGGUUAUUAGUUGCGCUCGAUCGUUAUUUAUGCCUACAUGUUUGUAUACAGUGUUGACAUUUCAAUUUGUACAUACACACACAUGCACACAUCUGAAUACACAGAUACACACACACAUGCAGAUACACUGACACAGAUACACACACUGACACACAUGCAGAUACUUAGUGUGUAUGUUUGUGUAUUUGUAGGUGUGUGUCUAAUUAUCUGCAUGUAUGUCAGUCUGUGUAUCUGUGUCAGUGUGUCUGUGUAUCUGCUUGUCUGUACCUGUGUAUCUGUAUGUGUGUCAGUUUGUGUAUCUGCAUGUGGGUCGUUGUGUGUGACUGUAUAUCUGACACACGCACAAAUACACCGACAAACACACAUAUAUACGGGGGCACACAUUAACACACAUAUAUACAGACACAGAUAGAUACACUGACACACAUAGACACAGAUAUACACACUGUCACAUAGAUUCAAACCAAGUUACACAGACACAUACAGACACACAAACAUACAGAUAUACAGACACACAUACAGGCAAAAUGUACACAUUUUAAGUCACCCUCCUGUUUCCUACCUUUUUGGUGCAGGAGGGAGACUUCCCCGGGGUCCAAAUGGCUGGCUGAGCCUGUUGGGAGUAAGUCAGAUAUUCUCCCACUUAGCUAGCUCUCCUUUCAGCAACCCUCCCUUGCGGCUCAGUGUUAUCUGGGAGGGAGUGAUCAUCUAUCACUUCCUCCCAUGCUCCAAGGAUAUAGAGGUCCAUUCGUGUUAUUAAAGGGCCAAAGCACUUACCAGACCCCUAAGUACCUAAGUGUGUGGGCCAUGCUGCAUUUGCACCGGCUGCACCAGUGGUAGUUCCUCCACUGAGACUGAGGUAUCUUGUGUAGUUUUGUAGACCACAGAUUGUUUUUCUGGGGACUGAGGUACUAAUCCAAUAUCUCCAAUAUCCAAACCUUCUUAGUAAAGGGGCAUUUAAAGCCAGUACAUUUUGGAGCCUAUACAAGGAGAAGGUCUUUUGACAUUAAUUCAGAGCUCUGACUAAUUGCAUGAAUGCUGGGACCACAAAGGAGUGAUUAGUAAGAGCUCCCUCUUAAACUUUAAAAGUUAUUUAAUAUAUUGCCAACAUUUGCAGACCUUUAUAUACACCUUUAAGUGUAUGGGCAUUUCCCACAUAACAGCUGGAAAAUGCAUAGUUUGGUGAAGUGUAAUCCUGAAAAUUCAGAUGAAUGGAAUAAUGUAACGUAGAUUGAGAGCAUACCCAAAGGGCACCUUGCUAAAUGCUACCCUUCCCAAAGCUAAACCCUGCCAGCCCUCUGCAAAGUUGGGAAUGGGAAGGGAAGGGCUAGCUUUUGCCAACAUAGUUUUGGUAUUUUAACCUGAAUUUUAAAAUUAGAUGUUUCAAUUUACCCCCUUUCACUGUUUAAUGUUUAAAUUAUUAAUUUAUUUAGUGGUAGAAAUAAAUACAGCUCUUGGGUUGAUAUGAUUAUUUACUGGUUGGAGAAAGCAGGAACCGUGAUCACAUAACAAAGUGUCAGUAAUAUGAUGACAUGUACAGUGGGGAUAAAAUAAAAAUAGUUCCAUCGAGAACCUGAUUAAACACGGCAUAGGUAGUGAGGUCAUUUAUUAACCAGGAAAAUAGUACUGAACGGUAGCUGGUCCAUAUACCAUACAGACGGAAUAAGAAUAAGCAAACCCUCAUUUCAUUGAGAACACAUUUCUUGUUUUGUAACUUUUUUCUUUAAUUUUUAGUAAUGCAUGAGCCGUGGUGGAUUCACAAAACACUAUUAUUUGUAUUUUUUUUUUACUUUUAAAAGGGCACUCCAGAAUGGAAUUGACAAGCAAUUUUUUCAAUACAUUAUAUGAACAUUGUAUUUAAAAAUAUGUGCAGAGACAACCGAUUCAAAAUACUGAAAAGAUAAAAAGAUACUCAUAUAUUAAGUUGCUGAAUUGUUUAAGAAAUCCCCAGGUUUCAGGUCAUCACCCUACAGCUUGUACAUAUUAUUACAGUAUUUAUUAUUAAAACUACUGUUCUUCAGUAUGUAGAAUUCGAUUGCUGCAAGUGAUGUGAUCUGACAUUGAGCAUUCAGCAGGAUAUAAAUUCUAUGCACAGCUGGCCAGUAAAAAAUAGCGACAACAUUUUUAACGAGCCCCAUAAUUCUGGCAGCCCUAUUAACAUCUGCACACGUAAGGUAACAUAUCACAUACGGGCAUAGGCGUGCGUAGCCUAUGGCAUUAGGGUGUGCACCCUAAUGCACAAACACACGCCCCAUGUAUAUGUAUGUAUGUGUAUAUAUAUAUAAGAAAGUAAUCUUGGCACUCACCCUAUUGUAAGCAAAAAAGGUAUUCUUGCCUGUGUGCAAACUAAUAUACAAGGUGCACUCAUAGGUCUUGAUUAGAAGUUUUGUUUAAUCACUGGUGUAAAUUACAUGUGCAGAAAGAAAUCUGUGAUCAAUAAGGGUCGAAACGUCAAUCAGAUUUCUUUCUGCACAUGUAAUUUACACCGGUGAUUAAACAAAACUUCUAAUCAAGACCUGUGAGUGCACCUUGUAUAUAUUUUUUGUUUUAUAUAUAUAUAUAUAUACACACACACACACACAUACACUGCUGUGUGUGUGUGUGCUGUGUGAGGGUGCUGUGUGCAGGGCCGGACUGGGGAUACAAAGUAGCCCUGGAAAAAAAAAUCUAUGCCAGCCCCAUAACUCACUGUGCCAUAUAUUGCCGUAUGUAAUAUGCAAGGCUAUGUCUUGUCACCCCAGAUUGUUGAGUGAUAUAUAUAGAUAUAGAUAUAUAUAGAGAGAUAUAGAGAUAGAUAUAUAGCUUUUUCUAAUAUAUAAUAUUGGUCCUUUCAGAGUAAAAUGUUUAAUUAUACAUUAAGCAUACUCACAUGCAGUGUUUUACAUUUCUUCCUAGUGACACCUCUAGGAACAGUCACUAGAGGUGCUUCCUGUGUCAGUGCUGCACAGUGUGCAGCACCUACAUUCAGGGCCUUUGCAGCCAAUCCUAUGGCAGAGCAUUGGAUUGGCUCAGAUCAUCAAGCUUGGUGAUCUCAGCCAUAGAGGCAGGGCCAGUCAAGGGGAGACCAGCACGGCAUGGGGAGAAAUAAGGUGAGUAAAAACACUUUUUAAAUACACACAGACACACACACACCAUGACACAGACACACCAUGACACAGACACUCCAUGACACAGACACACCAUGACACAGACACAGACACACCAUGACACAGACACAGACACACCAUGACACACACACACAGACAGAAUUACACAUAUUACCUGUGGGUGACCAGCUGGGUGGGCUAGUGGCCGUAGGGGGAGGUCUGCUGGUGGCCGCUGGCUGGGGGGGGUCUGCUGGGGGAGCUGUCUCUGCUCCCCAGCGCGCAGCUUAAUGAGACCAAGGCCGGAAUAUCAUAUAUCAUAUUCUGGCCCCGGUCUCAUUAAGCUGUGCACGAGGGUGGGGUAGCAGAGACAGAGACAGCUCCCCCAGCAGACCCCCCCCCCCAGCCAGUGGCCACCAGCAGACCUCCCCCAGCGGCCACCAGCAGACCUCCCCCAGCCAGUGGCCGCCAGCAGACCCAGGUGUUUGUCUGGCCCCAGGUGCCGACGGUCCACCAGGAAAUUUGCCGGUAUCCCGGUGGGCCAGUCCGGCCCUGGCUGUGUGUGUAAGGGUGCUGUGUGUGUGUGUGUGUGUGUGUAUGUGAGGGUGCUGUUAGUGUGAUGUGUGUGUGAGGGUGCUGGUAGUGUGCUGUGUGUGAGGGUGCUGUUUGUGUGAUAUGUGUGAGUUUGUUAGGGUCCUGUUAGUGUGCUGUGUGAGGGUGCUGUGUGUGUGAGGGUGCUGUUUGUGUGCUGUGUGUGGGUGUUGUGUAUUUGUGAGGGUGCUGUUAAUGUGCUGUGUGUGAGGGUGCUGUUUGUGUGCUGUGUGUGGGUGUUGUGUAUUUGUGAGGGUGCUGUUAAUGUGCUGUGUGUGAGGGUGCUGUUUGUGUGAUGUGUGUGAGUUUGUUAGGGUCCUGUGAGGGUGCUGUGUGUGUGAGGGUGCUGUUUGUGUGAUGUGUGUGUGAGGGUGCUGUGUGUGGGUGUUUGUAUUUGUGAGGUUGCUGUUAAUGUGCUGUGUGUGAGGGUGCUGUUUGUGUGAUGUGUGUGAGUUUGUUAGGGUCCUGUGAGGGUGCUGUGUGUGUGAGGGUGCUGUUUGUGUGAUGUGUGUGUGAGGGUGCUGUGUGUGGGUGUUUGUAUUUGUGAGGUUGCUGUUAGUGUGCUGUGUGUGAGGGUGUUGUGUGUUUGUGAGGGUGCUGUUAGUGUACUGUGUGUGUGAGCAUGCUGUGUGUGUGUGUAUGAGGAUGCUGUGUGUGUGUGUGUGGGUGCUGUAUGUGUAUGAGUGCUACAUGUGUAUAGGUGCUCUGUGUGUGUGGGUGCUGUGUGUGCUGUAUGUUUGGGGGGAUUGUGGAGGUGGGGGCAGAUUAGUAAAUAUCCCCCCUCUCUUCUUACCUUAUGUAGGGAGGGGGGAUCCUUGCUGCCAUGUGCCAUCCCUGGUGGUCCAGUGGACAGUGAACUCUAGCCGCGGCAAUGCUCAGAUCUUGCGAGAGGAACCUGGCGGAGCUGCUGUCUAGAGCUCCCCGGAUCCUCUCCUGCCUCCCUCCCUCCAUGCUGCUGUGAAUCGGUGAGGUAGAUCUUUGAUCUCCCCGCAGGCCCAUGGAGGCUUAGAGCAGAGCCAGCACUGAGAUAGCACCAGCUCUGCAUGAGCUGACAGGGGAGAUCCUGAGAUCUCCCAUGCCGGUAGGGGUCAGGUCCUGGGGAAUAAAGUGUGGGAACUCUCCCAAGAUUCCCACACUUGUGUGUGUGUGUGUGUAUAUAUAUAUAUAUAUAUAUAUAUAUAUACACUGACACACAUACUCAGACACACACACACACACUUACAGAAGCACACACAUACACUGACACACAUACACACUCACACAUUUUGUUAAUUAAAAAAUGUCGACCCAGCCUCCCUACGUGGAGAGCUGACGUGGACAUGUCCCUGGGGUCCAGUGCAGCAUCAUAUUCCGGCUCCCGGCAUCAGUAAACGGUGCACGGCGAGAGGGAGCAGAGAGAACACAGCUUCCUUGCCGCGUCUGAUAUGGAGACAGGCCCCUGAAGAGGGGGGGUCCAUCACCUCUUGGCCCCCCCUAUUACAAGGGGGAACACGGGGGGGGGGGCAUUUGGGGAGUGCCUGCAGGAACAGCGGGAAUGGCAUUCCAGCUAAAAAAUGCGUUCCCAUGCGUUCCUGCAGGACUCAAUCCAUAGGCGGGCCGCUGGAAUCAGGGUGUGCCCAGGCACACUACAUGCGCACGCUUAUGCAUACAGGUAUACACAGAUACACAGAAAAAAUGGCCCUAAUGACACGCUAUAGUUUUAAAAAAUAAAACAAAUAAAACCAAAAUAAGGAAGUGAGGACUUGACAUGAAUAGGUAUCAGAGAGCAAGUGGUUAUUUUAAUAACACAUCUGUAUUAUAAUAAAUAAUAAAGUCUAGAGCACUAAAUUGUCAGAAAUAAUAAUUUUUUUAGUAUAAAACAAUUGGUUGGGUUAUUUUUGUACAUGCUUAAUUUUCCCUUUUUUUAUGGGAACAGACUGUACCAGAGAAAGAUAUUGGCCUAAGUUUCUAAACGCUAAAUGGUUUCCACUUCCACUUUGAAUUUCCUCGGAGAGAGCAGUCGAGCGAGAAAUAACUCCUCAUGGAUACAAGACACACAAGUGAUUACUGAGCAAAGCAGAUUAAGGCUUUUAAUGGUGCUUUACACCCAUAGCACAGGGGAAACUACAGUGCCACUUUGCCAUUUGCAAUUUUAUUUUCGUACUAUUGAGACACAAAUGCGUAAAUCUGUCAAGCAGAGCUUGAAGUGCUGCCCAGCAGUAUGUAUAAUUCAUGUUCUGCUAGCAUGAAAUCAAGAUUGAAUUGAUUGAAUUAAUUGAAAUCAAUUAAGACUCCACAAGUAAAUUCCGGUCGGAUGGAAGUGUUCAGGUUUGGAUAAAAAGGAAUUUGAUUAGUUCGUACCAGCUGAAACGUACAUGUGCACAUUACUAGUAAUCACAUCAAAGAUAACAACAGAUUAACUACAAAUAAACAUUACUAAAUAAAAUUACAAAGUGGAAACUCUAGGGAAAUUCCUGUCAAGAUUCAGUAAUAUGUUAUAUAUGAAUAUAAUGGAAAUGUGAGUAGACGUUUUUAUUUUUUAGUAGUACCCUCUUUUGAAUUAAGCACAAUACUUUUAGUUUCUUUUACGUCGAAGGUACAACCUUUUGUAUACAUAACCAUUCUGGUUGAAAGGGUGUGUGGAGGGUGAGUCAAUUUAAAUGUAUCAGUGUCUGAGGCCUUAUAUAUUAGUGGCUUCCAACCCAAUCUUUAAGUCUUACCAUCAGUUUGGGUUACUGCAAUGGCAUUAUGGGAGAUGUAAUCCAGAACAUAAUAAUAAUAAUAAUAACAUCUUGAAUUCUAAGGGUCAGUAUAUCCUUAGUAACUGAAUUUGGAAAUGCCUGCCGUCUGAGCUGUUCAUGUGUCUUGUGAAUUGGGUUGGGAGCUACUGAUCAAGAACAGUGUCUUUUAAGCUCAGUGCUAGAACCAAGAGAGAAGACUUUCAGAAUACUUGUGAAUAGGUGUGUCUAUGAAAACACUGAAAAACAAAAAACAAGUGUUGUGCUCUAGAUUAUACUUAGCAUCCAAUGAUUAAAGGAAUUCUGAAAAAAAAUCAUCACAAAAACACAAACUAGCGCAGAUUAUCCUUAUUAUAGAUAUAAAAUAACUAAUAUACACAUAUGUGGGUUGCACUAACAUUUACCAGAGCCCUCUCAACCCUGGCUCUGUGUGAGGGAAUAACUACCACAACACAACACUUUUUUCUCUAAGAUGGCACUCUUUAUAUGCAGUGGCCAGGGCCACCAUCAGGGGAUGACAACCAUAACAGUUGUCAUGGGCCCAGCGGCCCUGGGGGGCUCGGCCGCCCGGGCCCUAUGUGUAACGGCGGAAUUGCCGCCGGUGCACUUGCACCGGGGCCCGUGCGCUGAUGGGGCCCAUCAGGUGGCCAGGCACUUAGGGCCACACGAUGGGCUCUAUGUCUUCAGGGGCCCGGUCAACACUGUGGCCGUGGUAUAGCGCGACCGGGCCCCUUUAAAAAAAAAUGCCGCCACAGCGCAAGUGCUGCUGGGAGGAAGUGGUCACUUCUUCCCAGCUCACUCCGCGCGGGAGGAGCACGCGCCCGGCAGUGAAGAGGGAGAGCCAGCCGACUCCCAGUCCCAUCAGCCCCAGCCACCCUCGUGCAAAGACAAGGUGAGAGACAGGAGGGUGGCUGGAAAAUGAGCUCUGUAUGUCUAUGUAUGUCUGUCUGAAUGUCUAUGUCUGUCUGUAUGUCUGUCUGUAUGCAUGUCCGUAUGUCUGUCUGUCUGUCUGUCUGUAUGUCUGUGUAUGUCUGUCUGUAUGUCUAUGUCUGUAUGUCUAUAUGCAUGUCUACGUCUGUCUGUAUGUCUAUGUAUGUAUGUCUGUAUGUCUAUGUAUGUCUAUGUAUGUCUAUGUAUGUCUGUAUGUCUGUCUGUAUGUCUGUCUGUAUGCAUGUCUGUAUGUAUGUCUGGAUGUCUAUGUAUGUCUGGAUGUCUGUAUGCAUGUCUGGAUGUCUGUAUGCAUGUCUGGAUGUCUGUCUGUAUGUCUAUGUAUGUCUGUCUGUAUGUCUGUAUGUCUAUAUGAAUGUCUAUGUCUGUCUGUAUGUCUGUCUGUACAGGGAGUGCAGAAUUAUUGGGCAAAUGAGUAUUUUGACCACAUCAUCCUCUUUAUGCAUGUUGUCUUACUCCAAGCUGUAUAGGCUCGAAAGCCUACUACCAAUUAAGCAUAUUAGGUGAUGUGCAUCUCUGUAAUGAGAAGGGUGUGGUCUAAUGACAUCAACACCCUAUAUCAGGUGUGCAUAAUUAUUAGGCAACUUCCUUUCCUUUGGCAAAAUGGGUCAAAAGAAGGACUUGACAGGCUCAGAAAAGUCAAAAAUAGUGAGAUAUCUUGCAGAGGGAUGCAGCACUCUUAAAAUUGCAAAGCUUCUGAAGCGUGAUCAUCGAACAAUCAAGCGUUUCAUUCAAAAUAGUCAACAGGGUCGCAAGAAGCGUGUGGAAAAACCAAGGCGCAAAAUAACUGCCCAUGAACUGAGAAAAGUCAAGCGUGCAGCUGCCACGAUGCCACUUGCCACCAGUUUGGCCAUAUUUCAGAGCUGCAACAUCACUGGAGUGCCCAAAAGCACAAGGUGUGCAAUACUCAGAGACAUGGCCAAGGUAAGAAAGGCUGAAAGACGACCACCACUGAACAAGACACACAAGCUGAAACGUCAAGACUGGGCCAAGAAAUAUCUCAAGACUGAUUUUUCUAAGGUUUUAUGGACUGAUGAAAUGAGAGUGAGUCUUGAUGGGCCAGAUGGAUGGGCCCAUGGCUGGAUUGGUAAAGGGCAGAGAGCUCCAGUCCGACUCAGACGCCAGCAAGGUGGAGGUGGAGUACUGGUUUGGGCUGGUAUCAUCAAAGAUGAGCUUGUGGGGCCUUUUCGGGUUGAGGAUGGAGUCAAGCUCAACUCCCAGUCCUACUGCCAGUUCCUGGAAGACACCUUCUUCAAGCAGUGGUACAGGAAGAAGUCUGCAUCCUUCAAGAAAAACAUGAUUUUCAUGCAGGACAAUGCUCCAUCACACGCGUCCAAGUACUCCACAGCGUGGCUGGCAAGAAAGGGUAUAAAAGAAGAAAAUCUAAUGACAUGGCCUCCUUGUUCACCUGAUCUGAACCCCAUUGAGAACCUGUGGUCCAUCAUCAAAUGUGAGAUUUACAAGGAGGGAAAACAGUACACCUCUCUGAACAGUGUCUGGGAGGCUGUGGUUGCUGCUGCACGCAAUGUUGAUGGUGAACAGAUCAAAACACUGACAGAAUCCAUGGAUGGCAGGCUUUUGAGUGUCCUUGCAAAGAAAGGUGGCUAUAUUGGUCACUGAUUUGUUUUUGUUUUGUUUUUGAAUGUCAGAAAUGUAUAUUUGUGAAUGUUGAGAUGUUAUAUUGGUUUCACUGGUAAUAAUAAAUAAUUGAAAUGGGUAUAUAUUUGUUUUUUGUUAAGUUGCCUAAUAAUUAUGCACAGUAAUAGUCACCUGCACACACAGAUAUCCCCUAACAUAGCUAAAACUAAAAACAAACUAAAAACUACUUCCAAAAAUAUUCAGCUUUGAUAUUAAUGAGUUUUUGGGUUCAUUGAGAACAUGGUUGUUGUUCAAUAAUAAAAUUAAUCCUCAAAAAUACAACUUGCCUAAUAAUUCUGCACUCCCUGUAUGUCUAUGUCUGUCUCUAUGUCUAUAUGCAUGUCUAUGUCUGUAUGUCUAUGAAUGUCUGUAUGUCUAUGUCUGUCUGUAUGUCUGUCUGUAUGCAUGUCUGUAUGUCUAUGUCUGUCUGUAUGUCUAUGUCUGUCUAUAUGUCUAUGUAUGUAUGUCUGUCUGUAUGGGUAUGUCUGUCUGUAUGUCUAUGUCUUUCUGUAUGUCUAUGUCUGUCUGUAUGCAUGUCUGUAUGUCUAUGUAUGUCUGUAUGUCUGUCUGUAUGUCUAUGUAUGUCUGCCUGUAUGUCUAUGUAUGUCUGUAUGCAUGUCUGUCUAUAUGUCUGUCUGUAUGCCUGUCUGUAUGUCUAUGUCUGUCUGUAUGCAUGUCUGUAUGUCUGUAUGUCUAUGUAUGUCUAUGUAUGUCUGUCUGUAUGUCUGUCUGUAUGUAUGUCUGUAUGCAUGUCUAUGUCUGUUUGUCUGUCUAUAUGCAUGUCUAUGUCUGUCUGUCUGUAUGCAUGUCUGUAUGUCUGUCUGUAUGUCUAUGUAUGUCUCUAUGUCUAUAUAUGUCUGUCUGUAUGUCUAUGUCUGUCUGUAUGUAUGUCUAUAUGCAUGUCUAUGUCUGUCUGUCUAUAUGCAUGUCUAUGUCUGUCUGUAUGUCUAUGUAUGUCUGUAUGUAGGUAUGUCAUUAUGUGUGUAUGAAUGUCAGUGUAUGUAUGUCUGCAUGUCAUUAUGAAUGUGUGUAUAUAUGGAUGUCAGUGCCUGCAUGAAUGUAUGUAUGCCAGUAUGAAUGUAUGUCUGUGUAUGUAUGUGUGUAAAAAAAUGUCUAGGUCAUGUAAUGAAUAAAACCCAAUUAUAUAUCUAAAUGUUGAUUCUGGUUUCUCUCUGCUUCAGAGAUGACGUUGCAAAUCCUUUGCAACUUAAUAUUUAUGAGAUUAUUAGAAAUGAGAGAGAAAUGCUUUACAUUUUAUUUUAUAGUUCAUAAAUACUUUAAGACUGCAUGGUGUGUCAAUGAGGAAAAUAGUAAAUAUAUCCAUGAGAUUAUUUUAUAAUGAGGCAUUCUUGAAGACUUGGCAGCCUGGAUCAGACUUGCAGCUUGAUGUAGGGCUCUGAGCUUUCACUUGUAGUUUGUGUUUUGAAAACCCUUUUAUUCUGCUUGGCAGUAUCACAUUGUGUGCUUGGUAUUUAGGUUUGCAAAAAAAGGACCUGUGUUAGAGCCGUGACCUUGGAAAAUCCAUGGAAUUUGCUGGCACAUGCUCCUCUGACAUUUGUGCUCACAAUGUCCAUGCUUUUUUGCAUGUAAAAUGCGUGGAUUUGAUCACUAUAGAAAUGUAGCACACAGAGCAACUUUACCUGUGUGCAUGUUAGUGAAGGCAAUGAUCUUAUUUCAAUGACAUCUAUGACGUCCACCGUGAACAUGCGUUUUCAUGGAUAUUGCACGGUGCAAAAAAUUCUUAAUUUAAUGUACAUUUUUCAAGCAAAAAAAAAAAUUAAUGCUGUACUUUUACAUUGACUUCGGUUCUUAAUCCAGCUGAAUAUGGUCAGAUGAUAUCAGUACCUUCCAGCGACAGAAACCUAACAAGGUUCAAUCUGAGUCCUCUUCCAUGUAGAGAGGAAUGAAAAGAGAGACUUUACACUUCUAGAUAUAGAAUCUUAGACAUAGUUUUUGCCACAACUCAUCCCACCUCUGUAUGAGCUUUUUAUAGACUUGAAUUAUCAUAUACCUAUUCUUAAAUACUGUUAAGGCCUGGUUUACACUAUUACACUAAUGAUUCUUAAUCAAGGUUUACAUAGUCUCAAUCAGACUCAAGUAGACCAAUGUUCUAGGUUUUGUCAGCAUCUCCAUAUAUAUGCAUAUGCAUAUAGACAUCCAAUUGUGUCUAGUCUGGUCUAGGUUAAUUUUAUGGUCACUAGAUUUGGUCCUGUCUCCACUAACAAUGAAAAAUUAUUGAAUAAUUAAAAAUAUGUACUAAUUUCUAAAAGAUUUAUAUGAAUCUACAGACAGUUGAGCAAUUAAUGGAAUAACAUCAUGUUUGUCUCCAUAGGUUGUUGUUUCUGGGUUGCCAUCCUGGAGGGAAAAGUUGUCGGGAUAGUGGCAGCCAGAGGAAAUGAGGAAGACAAUGUGGUAGAGCUACGCCGCAUGUCCGUAGACUCCAGCUAUCGGGGGAAAGGCAUUGCCAAGGCCUUGGGGCGCAAAGUUAUAGAGUUUGCAAUGUUGAAUCACUACUCUUCCAUUGUUCUUGGAACUACAGCCAUCAAGAUAGCGGCACACAAACUAUAUGAGUCCUUAGGGUUCAAGCACGUGGGUGUAAAUGAGCAUCAUACUGUUCCCAGCAUGACCAAUUCGCUGGUGGAGAGAAUGUUUUUCCAGCUUCGCUACCACCGGUACUGCCUUCAGUUACGUGAAGAAUAAGGAAUGUCGAUUUCCUUCACAGUCCUACAACCAGCUCUGAGUGUCUUUUAAACCUGCAUGAUGUAGUUGACAAAAAGUAUUAUUUGCUGGCAUAAAACCCGAUAAUCUGAAUAAUUUUUAUCCUCUGCAGUGAUUGUACAACAGGACAAGAACUGGCCCACUCACGCUGUCAUAUUGUCCUUUUAAUGGUGGGAGUUUGUUCCCUUUUAUUUCAUAUGCGGUAUUACUCAAAUAAAUUAAUAAAAUACACUUCCAAAUGUCCAUGAAAGCACGAUCUAGGUGACUAAGCACAGAGACCUAAAUACCGACCUGGUGUAAAUAGCUUUUCUUAAAUGUAAAUUAAUAUAUUCGUAUUAAAAUAGUCAUAGAAUUACAGUUUCAAUGUGACAUGAUUUAUUGCACCAGUAGACUCUAUUGAGCUAAUAGAUCUUCAAGGACGAUGUUUAGAAACAUCUCUUAGUAGAAUGCACGCAGAGGAAGUGUUUGCACGCACUUACACAAAACACUGCCAAUGAAGACUUGAAUUCUCACCUUAUUGGACGUGCUCCACAACUCUGCCAAGUCUAUGAAUCGGCCAAGCGUUUGUGACGUUACGCUAUGUUCAUGUCAUUUUUUUAAGCCAGCAAACAAACCAGUUGCAUCUAGACCCCAGUUGUAGGAUUCUGUAUCUAUGUAUUAAUCUGUAAAUAUGAUCAUCAGCUGUUUCAAAGUAUUUAGAAUCUUGGACUCUUGACUUUGAUGCAGUUUCUCUUCUCUGGUCAUCCUAAAAAGCUUUGCAAAUAUACAUGAUCAUUGAUUUCAACUGCAUUUUGAAACUGUUUAACGUGAUAAAGUACCUGUAUUUGGGACAGAAUGUAUAGAAAUCAAUCUGUUCCCUAUUCAUAUUAUAUAUGGACAAUGCAAGUUGCCUUUGUAAGUUUAGAUGCUUUUAGCAUAUCAGCAUACUGAAUUAUUUAAUGCAAAUAGCAAUGCAACCUAGAUUUGGCAUGUGUCGGUACUUUGAGCGCCACAAACUCUGAACCCAAAUCAGCGGAUUCUUCUCUUCUGAACUGCUUCAUUUUUACAAAUUGUGUGUAUAUAAAAUUUUGCAUGAAAAUCAGUAAAUUCUUCAUUUAAACUAGCUUAUAUAUCUGAAAAUAGUUACAAGUCCAUUUUUAUUUUCUUGUAAUAGAUUUAAUCAUUUUUAUUUUCUUUUUUAAAAUGAAUGUAUUUAUAUGUACACUUUUUGUUUUGCAGAAAAAAACAACCAACUGAUCGUGCAGGUGGGCUGAUAAUGGUUAAACUAGUUUAUAUUCAAAACCAGUUCACAUGCUAGAUGAGUAUGGUUAGAAUUCAUAUCAAACAAAACAAUCAGAAAUUAUGGCAUUUAACUUAACCCCUUAAGGACACAACGUCUGGAAUAAAAGGGAAUCAUAACGGAAUAUUUCCUUCAUGUGUCCUUAAGGGGAUAAGAUACAUCCUGCAUCACACGGGUGAGCUUCUUCUCCACUCCAGGUGUUUUGAUGUCCAGUUCUGCUCUGCAAGCCAUAAAUGUUUAUUGAUUGAUUGCGAGUGACCCUCUGCCAUGCAGUAUUCAGAAGGCUUUGCAGUGCAUCAUGGGAAAUGGAAUACAGUAUCUGUAACAGCAGUGUUCUUAUGCUGUAACAGCUAGACAUACUUCAUACUGUAGAGUCUGUCUCUGGAGAUAAUAACAGUUUAAGUUGGGGUGUCCAAUCUGCAGCCCCCCAGAUGUUGUUGAACUACAACUCACAUGAUCCCUUAGCUAUCUGUUUCAUUGUAGUUCGGCAACGUCUGGGGGACCGCAGGUUGGACAGGCCUGAUUGGUGGUAACACUCAUGUCUCGAGAAAAGUAUUCUAAGGAAAAUUUUAUAUAUAUCCACAUUCAGCUCCGGAUAAUUGGUUUGGGUUUCCCAACUAUAGCAAACCUGCCUUAAUACAUCAUGUAUGUAGCUAAUAAUUGCCAUGCAAAAAGUUUUAUAUUUGCAACAAAAUGUAUUAAAAGAUCAUACUAAUGGUUAGAUCACGGUUUAACAAUCUUAACUAUUGUGUUGUCUCUUACACAUGUAGGUUUUCAUUUUUCUUAUUUUCAUACGUAUAGAGGUAUAUUUAUACGUGGUUCUAAGUACAAAGGGAAAAAUAAGACUAUUUAAAUGUGUGGCAAAUACAUUCACCCAUGUAUAAUCUACACAUUAUGCUGUCAGCAAUCAAAUAGACUAAAAUGUAUUUACACCUGAAAAUUGGUGUGGAAAAUUUGAUGGCUGCCACAAACAUAUUACACAAUGCAGACUUUAUGAUAAGCAGCAAAUAUUCUGAGAUAGGGCGGAUGUGAAUCUAUCAGUAAUGCUAUAUUUGCAGUAUUUUACCCUUUCCUAGCAGUAUAGAAUAGUUUUAAAAAAAUAACAUUUAAACUGUGCAUUUGCUAUCAAUGUGGCUUGCAGAUGGUACAAGUAAUAUUUUAUUUCUUAUAAAAUAGCAUGAUCUUUUUCUAUGACAGGUGAACUGUGAUGUUAGAAGUAUUUACACAUUUAACGGCAUAUCUAAAAAAAAAAACCUUUUGGACCAAUGUUGGUCUAUGUAGUCAUAAUAUGUUCUAUUCCAAAAUGUAAAGCCUCACUCAAUUAACAAAUACAUGGCUGGAUGGAAUGCCAAACACAACAUUCCAUGCUGACAUAAGGUAUUUAGGGACCAAAGUACAAUGCCAGCAAAUUGUAACAUGAUCAUUAAAAGGUUAAAUGUUUUUAAAAAGCCUAAACCUUUCUAAGAAAUCCAUAUUUUUUUCCAAAGAUUUUAAAUUAUAAAAAAAAGGGAAG